AUGGGGACCAAAAUUCUUGUAGAAGACUUUAAGUUUCUUCAAUACACAGAAUUGAAGCAAUUGCAUUUAGACAGUAACAGGAUAGAAAUGAUUGAGCAUACUGCAAUCCGCUAUUUACCAAAGACCAUCAAGUUUGUUUCUGUAUCCGACAACAAAUUUACCUUUGGAAAAUACGUUGAGGAUGUUUUCUAUUUGGAAAAUAUGCAGAAAAUCAACAUUAGUGCUGAGCAUUCAAGUCAUCCUGUACAUGAAAUGGAUACCUGUAACGAAAGUUCGAAUGACCCGGUGCCAUAUUGUGCCUCAACAAACAACCCAAAUUUGGAAAUAACCCUAGGUAAUCUCCAUGUUAAUUCCAAAGAUCAUAACAUGAUUACCAAAUUCAAAGGUAGAAGAAGUAGCGAAAUUUUAAAUUCAUCAUCAAGUCAUGUCAUGCCACGUAAAAUUGAAGACCAAAGUAAAUAUUACAAGGAGGACCCUUUUAUUUUUCAUAUCGUGGAUCGUAAUAAAGGCUUCUUUUUUCCUGUACCAAAAGCACUACAAGUGAUUUACGGCAAUAGUAGUAAUCUACGAUUCCCAAUAUCUGAAUUAUAUUUCUCGAACAACAAUAUAACCCAUUUUUAUCUCCAAGACAAUUCGUUUUAUUCCUGGGAUGGUCCAGUUCAUAAUCUGAAUUCCAUAAAAGUUCUCAAUCUUUCAAAUAAUUUCUGUUCUUAUGUCUCAGAAAAUUUUUUCCAAUAUGCAGAGAGUUUGACAGAAUUAUAUCUUGGAAAUAAUAUCCUUGGAUUUAGCUUAGCAUCAGACAUGAAAGGUUUGAUAUUUAGAAAUCUGAGGAAACUGGAAAUAUUGGAUUUGAAAGAAAACCGAAUUUCGACACUACCAAAGACUGUGUUUCAAAAUCUAGUGAAUUUGAAGUACUUAGAUCUAAGCAAAAAUUUUCUGAAAGCAUGGGAGAUUAACACCAGUCACAUAAAAAUUGUUUAUUCCAUAGAUCUGUCGAACAAUGAAAUAACGUGUCUUUCCGACGGAGAUAUGAAAGCCUUUGACAGACUAGGAUCGACAAAAAAUUUAACAAUGAACUUUCUGAAAAAUUCUUUCAUGUGUACGUGUAGAACAAUCAACUUUAUGAAAUGGAUGGAAAAAAGAAAUAAAACCAUGAAAAUAAAUUUCUUGCAAUUUGACAAUUACAAUUGCACUGAAGAUGCAGAACACGAGAGUAAAGUCUUAAAAUUUGAUAAAAUUAAAUCACAUAUUUUAAAUCUACAAAGAGAAUGCCGUUCGUAUACCGCAAUUAUUUUUGUAACCACGGGGACACUGGUUUGCUUCCUCUUCAUACUUUGUACUGGACUAACCUACAGAUAUAGGUGGAAACUUCGGUAUUUUUAUUAUAUGACAAAAAGCCGCUACCAUCAGUACAAAUCAUUGCGGGGUGAAAAUCUUCCCCUUAACCAGUAUGACGCAUUUGUUUCCUAUGCUGAUGAGGAUAGAUCCUUUGUCCUGAGAAUGAUAAAAGAAUUAGAAGAGGAGGAAGGCAUAAAAUUAUGUAUUCACCAGCGCGAUUUUGUACCAGGAUUCGACAUCGCUGAGAACAUUAUAACCGCCGUUAACAAAAGUAGAAAAACGAUUAUUCUCCUCUCUCCCAAUUUCAUCAAGUCCAGCUGGUGUAUGUACGAGUUACAUAUCGCCAAAAUGGAAGAAAUUUACAGCAGGAAUGAUGAAAAUGUGAUUUUCCUCAUCCUUUAUGAAACUUUGCCUUUGAAGGAUAUUCCUCUAACUUUAAUGGAUCUGAUUAACCAGAAGACAUAUAUAGAGUUUCCAAAUGGUGAUCAUGAUCAGGAGUUUAGUGAUGAUGUAUUUUGGAGUACUCUAAAGGGUUCUUUCCAAUUUCAUGGCCAAACAUCAGGGGAGAUAAUAUUUGAAUCAUACGAACAAUACUUUUGCGAGAAGGAGUCUCAUGACGGACAAGUUAUGAAUUUCACUAACUAUAAAGUAAUUGGAGAGCUGAGGAAAAAAUGCAAUACCUACACAGCUUUGAUAUUUAUGAUGUCCACGCUUAUAUUUCUAUUUGCUAUAUCAUUGACAGUUGGGAUCUUUUACCGAUAUAGAUGGAAACUAAGAUACUUCUUUUACAUGACGAAAAGUCGAUAUCAUGGAUAUAAAGCUGUUAGAAGUGAAAGCCAAUCAGAUUUUAAAUACGAUGCCUUUGUAUCCUAUGCCGAUGAGGAUUUGCCGUUUGUUCAGAAAAUGAUUUUGGAAUUAGAAAAAAAUAAUGAAAUACGUUUAUGUAUUCACCAUCGAGAUUUUGUCCCAGGGUAUGACAUUGCUGAGAACAUAAUCACCGCUGUCAACAAAAGCAGGAAAACAAUAAUUAUUUUAUCUCCAAACUUCAUCAACUCCAGCUGGUGUAUGUAUGAAAUGCACAUCGCUAAAAUGGAAGAGAUAUAUUCCCGCGAUGACCAGAGUGUUCUGGUGAUUAUCUUUUAUAAACCUAUUCCUGCUGGCAAAAUUCCAUUACAAAUUAUGAAUGUUAUAAAAGAGAAAUCAUAUAUUGAAUUCCCAGACGACGAAUACUGUGACGCAAUGUUUUGGAGAAAAGUUAUCGAAACCGUUAAGAAUGUAUAAUCUGUAGAAUGUAUAGUGCAUAGUGUAUUUCAAAUAAUUUUUGUCAAAUUAUAACGGUUUGUGUAACAACAUUUAUUUCAAAUUUAUUUGAAAAGUCUUUGCUGGAUAAUUCCAAUGAGAAUUUCAUGAAUAUGCAAAAGCAUCUUAAUUACUAGCUGUGAAAAAUAAUUGAAAUUUAGCAGCAUACAUGUAGUUACAAGAAUUUAA